CGAGGUGUCUCAGCAAAAUAGGUUGGUAGAAUGCAAAAAUUGUCAUAUGUUCUUGAAAUCACUAGAGAUCUCUUGUGUUUCUGAUCGCUGCUUCGGUCGAGCUUUAAAUUUAUAAAGUUGAAGCGCACUCAAUAGUCAAUCCUAACAAGGACAAGAAUAACCAAGCCAGGGAUGUUGAUGACUCGAUAUUUGCACAUGUUUUUGUCCAUCAUUCUUAUACUGCUUGAGGCUCGGAUCUCGGGUUUUAACCCGAUUUUACACAAGGUUGUUCUUGUUUAUGACAUUUCAGGUCCUAAUGCGUGAAUGAAGGUUUGAGAACGAGUUCGGAGUCGAUUGGGCAGUGUAGGGAUGAGCGAUAGAGAGCAAACGAGUUGCACGGCCAGUGCGGGAAGACGCACGGCCGUACAUGGUGGCCGUGGAAGCGAAGAUGCGCGGCCAGGGUGUGCACGAUCGUGCAUGACUUAUUUUCUGCUCGUGAUGAAUUCUGCGAGAAGCUGCACGGCAAGGCAUCGCAUUGCACGGGCCGUGCAAUGGAUGCACGGGCAGCCAAGGAUGUUGCACGACCGUGCGGCCUGACCGUGUAAUCGUGGAUAGUUGCAUUUUAACACAAUUUCGGAUUUUGGAGAGGAGAGCUGGGUUUUGGAUCCCAAACACCCACGAGACGAACCCUAGAGAGAGAGCAACUUGGGAUCAUUCUUGGAGCUAUUUUAUAGGAUUUCUUCACCAUUGGAGCUUGGGAAUCAAGCUUGGAGAUGGAGAUUGAAAAUCUAGAUCAGAUUUCUGCAUUCUCUCUCUUCUCUAUGGAGUAACUACCCUUCACUUAGGUUUUGAGGAACCCUAGCCAUGUUUGUUUGAUUGAAUGAUUAUAUGAGUACUCUUACUUGAUAAUCUUGAGUUCAUAUUCAAUCUGUGGAUGUUUUCAUGAUUCAAUUCUGCUUUAGUCGACAUUAUUGAUUCUGCUCUGAUCCUAUGAGAGCGAAUACCUGAUUAAGUCAAUAGAGCACCAUAGAUUGAUAGUAUUCGAUUUAUUGCUUUAGUCGAGGGUCGAUUCACCACUUUGUAUCGAUUGAGAAUCUCAUUCGAUAGAGGGAACCUAGUUCAGAACGCGUUGAUCAGUUGUUCUAUAGAAGGAUACGUCCCUCUAGGCAAUUGACUCAAGAGGCGGGCAUGAGUGAGGAGAUGCAAGCUAAUCUUAUUAAAAAGAUUGCAUGGAGACUUGCUCUCCUAUCCGUGCUAGAAAAAGAAGAGCAAGAACGGAUGAGGAAAGAAGUUGUGGAGAAUGAAGGAGGUAAAUUAGAGGAAUUUCUUGAUCUUUUCCAAGGGGAGGAAUCAAAUAAUGAGGACAUAAGGGGAUUUGAAGAUGCAAUAGGCGUUCAGACGGAGGAUGAAGUUGAGGUGGAAGAGGCUUGCACCAGCCAUGAGUUACAAGUGAUAUCUCCACCAAACUUCGAGAAGCUGCUUGGAAAGGACCCAUUUGCAGUGUCUCUUUGCCAGAGCAAGGCCACAUAGACAUCGGUCCCUCUUGGUGGACGUUAUGGUGGUCAGUUGAUGAUGUCACAUCUUGUUUGGGGAAAUGAGACAAGAGAGGAAGAAAAGAAGAGGUCUCGCGGUUGGAGACUUUAUAUUCAUCAAGUAAACGCGCCUACAUCACCUAUCAUACCAAAUGCUCGUGACUUGAGACUCCGCCUCAUCGACGAGAACCUUAAAUUCAAGGAGGUUCUAGCAUGGACCGAAACUUAAGAGCCAUCGUCCGGUUCACGACGAGAAAGAAGCGCUUGUUGGGAGGCAACCCAGCCAUGGUGAAGUCUCUAUCUCCAACCCUUCGAAAGUGAUUUGUUUGAUCAAUGGUAGCGAUGUGAUGCAAUGGUGAAGGGCUAGUUGAAAACAACCAUGAGCAAGGAGAUAUGUACAAGUGUUCGCUUUGCUCGAACGACUUGAGAGAUAUGACUAGAUCUCAAAGUUUGUUUUGGUCAAGGGAGUGGGCUCAGACUCUAUGAGUUGUGUGCACCAUCAGUAUGGUUGCAAGAGGAAAAAUCCAAUGUUUCUAGCUUUUAUACGAAGCUACAUGGUCUUUGGAUGAAAUCUAGUCGAUUUUUCCUACUCCCGAAUGUCAUUGUGGUGGUUGUAAUUGUGAUGUCAAACGUGAAACCAAGAACAGUGAGAAUUUGUAUGAUUUUCUAGAUCCGGGAGGCACGAGAAGUUUGACUGUGCAACUUUGGAUGUGGACCGUAUGGUGCUCAUGUCGUACCCAUAGUAACACAUGAAGAUUAGGUAGUGUGUCGUCUCCGUCUCUUACAUAAGCCCUGAGUUGAGCGAUCCCCUUGGAUAGGGAAGGAGAGAGAGAUCACAAGUGAUUUCCAAACCUACCUCCGACCCAACUUUAAUCGCUAGUUCAAAAAAAAGAUGACGUGUACAGUAUUCGGGUUGGUUGACACUAUUUUCACCCUUAAAAGGGUUGUCAUGCUAUCCUACGCCCUCGACAUAGUUCAAGCUUUGGUAUAGAAGUAAACAGUAAUUUCUUGUCAUUAACCAGUGAGUCCCCAAUAAUUCGAGUUAUUAAGAGAAGGUUAUUAUGGACCUUAUAUCACUCUCUAACACGUCCCUUCAAAUCAACGCUAACCCAUGAGCUUGAAGUUUGCACAGGCGAUCACCAUACCUUGUGCUUUAAUCAACUAUUAAUAUUGGG